AUGGCCAAAAAAAGGAGGAAUCCAUCAGCAGCUGCGGAAAAAAAGAAAAAGCAGGAGUCAGUUAAGGAUAAAAUAAAUAAAAAAAUUUUGGGGUUACAAAACUUGACAAGCAAUAAGAGUGAUAAAGAUGGUCAAAUUUCCGACGAUGAGGAAAUAAUUCAUAAAGACCCUAAACCUUCCACAUCGACAAUUCGGAAAGAUGAUGAUACAGAAACGAAUCACACGGCAAGAUCUAAUGGAAAUAAAAAUAAUAAAAAGCUAGUUGAUGAUAACAAUUCCGAGGAUGACGAAAUAUUUUAUAAAGACCCUAAACCUUCCACAUCGCAAAUCCGGAAUGAAACGAAUCACAAGGCAAAAUCUAAAGCAAAUAAAAAUAAUAAAAAGUUAGUUAACAAAGAUGAUAACAAUUCCGAGGAUGAUGAAAUAUUUUAUAAAGACCCUAAACCUUCCACAUCGCAAAUCCGAGAUGAUGAUGAUUUAGAAACGAAUCAGACGGCAAAAUCUAAAGCAAAUAAAAAUAAUAAAAAGUUAGUUAACAAAGAUGAUAACAAUUCCGAGGAUGAUGAAAUAUUUUAUCAAGACCCUAAACCUUCCACAUCGCAAAUCCGAAAUGAAACGAAUCACAAGGCAAAAUCUAAAGCAAAUAAAAAUAAUAAAAAGUUAGUUAACAAAGAUGAUAACAAUUCCGAGGAUGAUGAAAUAUUUUAUAAAGACCCUAAACCUUCCACAUCGCAAAUCCGAGAUGCUGAUAAAAAAAGAUUCCAUCAAGAUAUCGAUGACGAAAUUUCCGAUGACGACUCCGUAGAUGAUCCAUAUGUUCCCGAAAUGUCACAGUUGAAUCGCAAAGUAAUUUCAAAAAAGGGAAAAACUCAAUCAAAUAAAGAAUACGAGAGUUCCGAAGAUGAGGAAAUUGAUGAAGGCAUGGGUAAGGAUUCAGAAUUGGAAGAAAUUAUUACUUCCGAUGACCAUGUUUCGAAACCUAUUAAUUCAAAUAUUCUGAAAGGUGGAAAUUUGGACCUAGUUGAUGGACAAAACGGCAAUUCAACUUCUUCAAGUCAUACAAAAUUGCCUUUUCCAAUAAUGACUCGAGAAAACCUUGAAUACCUUAAACAACUUGUGAUUUGGGGAGAAGCUUAUUUAAGUGGAAAUGCAACUUCUGACAGUUCAAAAACUUCCGAGAUUUGCUUAUCAGGAAUGGACUUCAAUGAAAUUCCCUAUGAAAUUACAAAUAGUUUCCGGGAAUUUCAUAGGAAAUGCACUUCGGAUAAUUAA